UUUUUGUGUACCGAUAACGGAUUGUUGGAUCUUUUUACCACUUAAUUAAUUGUACGUUCAGCAGUAUAUCGAUUUAUAUAAACAUUUGAAUAUACAAAGUUUGAAUUGUUUUCAAUUUAACCCUCGAAAUUCAUAAAAACUUUUUCAAAUUUCAACAUACGUAGCGAACAAAGGACAUAGAAGUACGAUGGAAGUCAAUCAAAAAGACAACGAGCUACAUUUGUAUCCAAUAAACAAUAAUGAAUAUUUGGGUGCGAUAAAAGUGAAUGUCUCGAAUACGCGCAAUACUCCAUCAACAACGAUUAUACUGGAUAUAUCCGGAUCUAUGGGUUCACAAGUUGCCCGAUUUGUUAGGCAAAUUAUACCAUUGGUCAUGUCGAAACUUGGUUAUGCAGAAUGUUAUCACAUAAAUUUAAUUACAUUCCACGAUAAUGCCGAAACCUUCCACCUGACAUCUAGAGAAUUAAAAGCCUCAAAUUUAACUAAUACAGGCUCUACGCGCUUCGCGCCUGCAAUUACAGCACUUCGCACAAUCUUGAAUGGAUUUGCGAAGAACUAUCCAAACGAGCCGAUGAGAGUUUUAACCAUAUCUGACGGAGAUAUCCACGACCAUGAUGAAGCCGCAAUUGAAACAAAGAAACUGGUGGAAUUUUUGGCCGAAUCUGGUUUAACGAUCAAUUCUCAGGCGCUGAGACUGUUUACCUCGAGUAGCCAACCGGACACAAAAGCAUUAUCCUAUUUAUUGCAAAUAAACAAUACCACCGCGACGCAGCUGUAUGAUGCUUCUGCUGCAUGGCCUGAUGAGGCUAUUGCCAGUGAGAUUGUCAAGUUGUUUCAGAAGGAUAAUUUCCAGAACUACCAGUUUCUACACUUUGAAAGAUCAAUCGUUUUGAAAUUCCCAUGGAAUUCUCAUACAUCAAUGCGAGUUAUACUUUCACUCGGCUGGAAUAUCUUUUGGUUUAAGCAGGUGCCAACUGGAGUUGUUAAGUUGGGUAACGAUGCGGUCAACGCAGUCGUACAAAAUCAAUUUUCUCUAGGCAUGUUCCACGAAUUAAUGGAAUCGAAACUGGAAUACAUUACAGAUCACAUGAUAGUCUUAAAAGUUGUUGAUUCGCCUGAAGCGAAUAGAAUGGUGAAUCAAAUUUAUGAGUGCCUUAAGAAACAAGAGGAUACAUUAGCCGUAAAAAGUUCAACGUCAAACAAGAAAAUCAUAUCAAAUUUGCUGGAUGGCAUUGCCAAGAAUAAGACUAAUUUUCAGGAUUCUGAGCAAAUGGCUGAAUUUCUCCGCAAAACCAAAGCCGAAAUUGAUACUCAAAGAGAGAAUGAUCGCAGGAAGCGUGAAGAGGAAACGGCAGCUCGAAUCAAGAAAGAGGAAGAUGAAAAGGCAGCACGCAAGAAGGAGGAGGAAGAAAAGGCAGCUCGGAUCAAGAAAGAGGAAGACGAAAAGGCAGCACGCAAGAAGGAGGAGGAAGAAAAGACAGCUCGAAUUAAGAAAGAAGAAGAAAAAGCAGCUGAAGCAGCUCGAAUUAAGAAAGAAGAAGAAGAAAAAGCAGCUGAAGCAGCUCGAAUUAAGAAAGAAGAAGAAGAAAAAGCAGCUGAGGCAGCUCGAAUUAAGAAAGAAGAAGAAGAAAAAGCAGCUGAGGCAGCGCGAAUUAAGAAAGAAGAAGAAGAAAAAGCAGCUGAGGAAGAGGCAGAUCGAAUUAAGAAAGAAGAAGAAGAAAAAGCAGCUGAGGAAGAGGCAGCUCGUGUCAAGCAACUAGAAGCAGAAAAGACAGCUGAGGAAGAGGCAGCUCGAAUCAUACAACAAGAAGCAGAAAAGGUAGCUGACGAACUUGAUAGACGAGCGGGGAUCGGAACGUAUUGA